AUGCGAUUAUACAUAUCCUGUACUCACUGCGCAAAAGAAAAUCGUACUUUUUGUCUCUACAUUGGAAACGUAAAGCGAGGUCCCAAAAAACACAAGGAUGACAUGGAAGAUGAAGACGAGACUAGUGUUCUUUCGAAGGAAAACAUUGAUGGCAUCUAUAAGAUCAUUUAUCAAAACAUUGCUAACAUCAAAUCAGAUCCUCAGGUCAUUAGCAAGCUUUCGUUUGAACUAUUCAAGAAGAUUGUAGACAAACUUUUGCCCAAUUCUGAGCGAGAUCUAGUUCAUCAAAUUGUUAAGGUGGCUUUACUUCCUCCAACUGAACCAUUCACUGGAGAUAUGGAUUACUAUUUCAAAUACUUUUACAAAUUGGAGAAAAAGACAUUGCUUUAA